AUGAACUCUCUUUUCCGAUUCCUCUUUUCCUUUGUGUGCUUCGUCGGCACUGGGGUCUUCGCAUACAGUGAAACCGACUGCAACCCCCUCAAUAAAACAUGUCCAGCCGACGCUGCUCUCGGCACGGAGCACACGUGGUGGUUCAACUCAACACUUGACGACACACUAUGGAACAUGACCACCGGAGACAUCGACUAUACGAGCACCGGGGCCGACUUUUCAAUCAAGACGGAAAACGCAUCCACUCUUUUAGUAUCGAACUUCUAUAUCUUCUUCGGCGUGAUGGAAGCACACGUCAAAAUGGCAAAGGGCGCAGGAAUAAUUAGCAGCGUGAUCUUGCAGUCAGACGACCUCGAUGAGAUUGACUGGGAAUGGGUGGGAUACAACACGAGCGAGGUACAAUCCGACUUCUUCGGCAAGGGCAACACCACGACGAGUGAUCGUGGCGGAUAUCAUGCUGUGUCCAAUGCAGACACCGAAUACCACAACUACACCUCCUACUGGGACAAGGAUCGACUCGAAUGGUGGAUUGAUGGCACCUUGGUGCGCACAGUCAACUAUUCGGAGCCAUUGACAGUAUACGGCAAGAACUAUCCGCAAACGCCUUGCAAAGUCAAGAUCAGUCUCUGGCCGGUUGGUAUCAAAGGACAGACCCAAGGAAAUCUCGAAUGGGGUGGUGGUUACGUCAAUUGGACUGAUGUACCGUUCACCAUGUCCAUACAACGUCUGCGUGUCAAGGACUUCCAUUCCGGAAAGGAAUAUAAAUAUGACGGCCACACGGGAACAUACGAGAGUAUUGAAGUGGUUAGCGGUAAUUCAACGGCCAAGCAAGAGAUUAAUAAAGCACCCACAAAGACAUUGGCCGAGAAGUGGGAUGACUUAUCCGAGGGCGUCCAUAUUGGAGUCUACUGCGGAGCAGCAGCAGCGGGAGUAAUCUUAUUUGGGGUAUUUGGCUGGUGGUGCGCACGACAGCGCAAGAAGGGACGACUGCAACGUGCAUUGGACGAUGGACAGAAUGGAGCAGAACUCAAGAGCUUGGACGCCUACAAGCUUCAGUGGAGACAGAGCGAAUGGGGUCAGAAAAGCUAUCAACAGGUGCCCAACACAUAA